AUGCGAUCCGUCCUUCCAGUCCCAACUCCACCACCCGAAUUAUGUCCCUACUCCCGCGCUUCAGUCAAUCAAGCAUCGGCCGAUGUCAUUCCCCUGCUCGUUGACGAUACAUACCACGUCUUCCACCUCAGCACACCACCUUCAACAAAGCACCAUCCACAACGUUUGAGGACAACAUGGUCACGCCUGCGAUCAACAAACCUCCUCGAAUGGGAAAGAGAUCCGCAGCCUGUGAUAUCGCCAGGACAGUCAAGUACCGACCCAGAUGCCGACGGCGCCUGGACGGGAUGCGCCGUGCUCGAUCUGGACCAAAGCAUGAAUAUCUUUUAUACCGGAUACAAUCUGUCGCAAAACGGCCGCCAAACAAUUCUUCGUACCAAAGCUUCAGAUCGUCAUGGUACGAGAUUCGACCCGACAUCAACACCCAUUACUAUUGUCGGAGAUGGGUUGAAGAAAUUUGAAGAUAUCGACUUUCGCGAUCCUUUUGUCUUUUACAACCGUGCCGAAGGUCGAUAUUGGAUGCUUGUCGCUACUCGCUUGGCAAACGGCCCAUAUUGGAGUCGUGGAUGCAUCGCCUUAUUGACUUCUCCGGAUCUCGAGUCCUGGACAGUAGCCCCUGAGCCUUUAUACGCACCCAACGACAUCUUCUGUCCCGAAUGCCCAGAGUUGUUCACCCUGCCCAACGGAAAGUGGUAUUUGGUAUACUCACGUUUCCACGCACCAAAUGCAGGAACAGUGUAUCGCAUGGCCGACACACCAUAUGGACCUUUCCGCGUCCCACGAGAUGGUUCUCAUGGACGUCUAGACGGUCGCCGAUGGUAUGCAGCCAAGUCAUGUCCAAAAGCCGGGAACCCUGGCAAAAGGAUCUGCUUUGGCUGGAUUGGAGACUAUGCGGCCGACGAGAAGAAGUGGCUCUGGGGAGGUGAUCUCGGCAUCACGAGAGUCAUGUGGGCAGACACAAACGCUUGUCUGCGCAUCGACGCUUCCCAAGAAUUUCGAAGUUAUAUCUGGCGAACUUCAAGGCCUGUUUCGCCGGGAGACGCUGCUCCUAGCUUGUACCUGUGUUCUCUCGGAACAACAGCGACGCAUUUCCCUGAGCUAGGAGCCGCAGAGUGGAAGCGGCAUCUCAUGGUGGACUUCAAGGUCGCAGCAUGCGAUGCUCACACUUUUGGAGUGAUGUUGCAUGUCGAUAGAUCUGGAAAAUGCCAUCGUCUGCAGUUUAUUCCUCAGGGCAAUGGCUUGUUUUCUGUCAUACUCAUGACUGAUUUCCCUCCCCUCGACGAUUUCUGGGCAGACCAGUAUAAAAUGUACAUCCCACGACCUGUCGACGGACCUGAACUGGUGCGACAUGAUAAUGUCAGCCUUGUCGAUGGUGUCUUCCUGUUCUUGAGGGGUCAAAUCGUGGAAGUCUUUUGCGGAGGGCGAGCACUGAGCUUUCGACUACCUGAACCGCCCAACUGGGCAGACAGCGAGCGCGAUGGCGUCCGCAGGUUAGGGUGGUACGUGGAAGAUGGCAUGGUUGAUUUAGUUGACAUUAAUAUGCGUCAUUCCAUGAGCAAGGAAGAUGGUUUAGCCGAGUUGGACAAUCUCGAAGACGCCGAGUAG